CGGAGAUAAUAACUGCCGUUUGGCGGCCGACGGCUGCCUGUUUGUGUGGCCACUAGGUCUUGGGGCGUGCGACGCGAGGGCCAUGAGCCGCCUGGGCUCGGUGCAAAAGAAGGUGCCCUGCCUUUUUGUGACUCAGGUGAAAGAGGAGCCUUCGACCAAGCGAGAGUGUCAGCCUUUUAAAGUGUUGGCCACUGAAACAAUUACCCAGAAGGCAUUAGAUGCAGAUAUUUACAAUGCAAUUCCAACUGAAAAGGUGGACGGAACUUGCUGUUACAUAACUACGUACAAAGGACAACCAUAUCUUUGGGCCCGGUUGGAUAGAAAACCCAACAAGCAAGCCGAAAAAAGGUUUAAACGGUUCCUGUAUUCAACAGACAACUCUAAAGGAUUUACUUGGGAUACUGAAGAUGACUUCAAGCCUGUUCCUGAAUGCUGGAUUCCAGCAAAGGCAAUAGACCACUACAAUGGGAAGCCUUUUCCUGAUGAAAAUGGACAUAUUCCAGGCUGGGUCCCAGUGGAGAAAAAUAGCAAACAGUAUUGCUGGCAUACAUCUGUUGUUGACUAUGAAUUUGAGCUAGGUCUUGUGCUGAAACACCACACUGAGGAAUCUGAUCUGUUGGAAAUAAGUCCAGUGCCCUUAUCUGAUCUUUCAGAGCAAACACUGGAACUUAUUGGAACAAAUGUUAAUGCUAACCCAUAUGGUUUAGGAAGCAAGAAGCAUCCUGUGCACUUUCUUGUGCCACAUGGAGCAUUUCAGUUAAAAAAGCCACCUGCGCUAAAUCAUAGUGACUUGCUGUCUUGGUUCAGUGGAUGCAAUGAAGGGAAAAUUGAAGGAAUUGUGUGGCACUGCAGUAAUGGACAUUUAAUCAAGCUCCAUCGACAUCAUCUUGGCUUGAGCUGGCCAAUUGUGGACCCAUAUUUGACUUCUCAACCAGUCAUUGUCACUUUCAGUGGGGCCAAACAUGACUAUAAUUUUGAAUCAAAGACACUUUUUAAUCACUUUUCAAAACUGGAUGGUCAGAGAUUCAGUAGUCUGAGAAAUGUAGUUUGGGAUCUGUGACAAGACUUAAUUCUCAGAAAUAGCCAUUUUGAUGGCUUCCUUUAUUUAGAAACAGAAGUAUCAGACUGUGUCCAAAUGUAAAUAGUAUUUAAUCUCUUCAAGGUUGUGUGUAAAUAUAGCAAAUAUUACUGUCCACACAGAAGAAGAGCCAUAAAAGAAAAUCUAAGCUAUGCAUUUUGAGUACCUUUAACAGUCUCAAACUGUUAAGCAUCUGAGACACUUGUUAAAGCAGAAAGGAGUACAUGGAGUGCCAUGGUGUUAAUUGUUGUACAGUUUUUACAAUAAUUAAUGUAGAAUAUCAAUUAAUUUGUAUAGAUAUGUUUAUUAUAGGAAAAUAAAAUUUAAAUUGACGGAA